CAUCGAGAGGCGUUGCCAAUGCAGACCGGAAAAGGAAAAUGGUGGCCAGUGAAGACAGGCGACUUCGAUAGACAAGAGACACCAAACACCUUAUCUCUGUCUCGUUCAGCAUCACUUACUGAGUGGUAGUGGCUAAAAAAGAAGCGCAGCCAUGGUAGAUGCCGCAAUGAUCAAGAAAACUGCUGUUACCGUUUUGAGCUGCGUGGAGAAGGUGUCCUCCUUUGCCUCCUCCAUUGACCCGCUUUUCGGUAUAGUCACAUCCCUGGUAGGUGUGGCUCGCAAGGGCCUCAUGGAUGACGAGGGCCACGCGUUGGACAAGGACUUCCAAGCCAUCCACUCCAAACUGGAGAGCAUCUCGGAGCAGAACAAACAGUGCUUGAGGCAGAUCCAUAUUCAUGAGGUAUACGAGACCUACGGCAAAUACGAAGAGUACAUCAAGCAUCAGUACAUGGCCUUUAAAAACAUGGUGGCCCAGAUAAAGAAAGAUCCAGGUAACACUUCGGGUUACAUGAAGAACUUUGAAGAGAUCUACGAGCGGGACAAGUCAGAAACCGCCCUCGAUGUGUACUACCGCGGUGUGGUGAAGACUACUGUGUUCGGAAGACCCCUGCUCAAGGUAUACCAAGAGAACUGCGACAGCGACCUAGAAAUCAUGGAGCACCACUGUUCGCACAUCGCUCACCUCUUCCAAAUGGGCCUCAUCGCCCUCAUGGGUUACACGGCGGUUACUCAGGAUGACGAGAUGGAGGUGCGGGAGAAAUGGGCCGCCAGGGUGCAUGAGAUUCAGGACAAGAUGCAGGAGGUGCUCGCUCUGUGCAAGGCCAACAAUCCAGAUCCAGCCCCCUGAACAUGGACCAGCAAAACAAGACCACCCCGUGGACCUGUAGAAACAGACAAAUCAUCUAAUUGAUUAAUUAGACCAAUACAAAAUGUAUAACCAAAAGAUUGUUGCUUGAACUUGCUACUGAUGUCGCAUGUUUUUGUUUACUGAAUAAAUAACAUGUUGACAGAC